ACGGCCGCUACGGCUUUGCACCAGUAGAACACACUACACUACACAACCUGGUGCUGUUCCGCUAUUCCGGCAAGGAAGCCGAUCGAUCGAGAAGCCAUUUUCGUGCAGGCGAUCGAGGAGUCUCGAAGAUGAACACGCCCAACUCAUGGCUCUUCGCCGACAACUCGAGGUACAGCAACCGGUCGCGGCUGCUCUUCAUCGGCCUCUCCUUCGCCAUCGGCAUCGCCACCUUCCUCCUCUACCUCGCCAUCUGGUACGUCUGCACCCGCCGCAGACGCAGCCAACGCCUGAUCGCCGCGGGCGCGGAGGACCAGGAGGCCGGCGCCGCCUCGCCGGGGCCCGAGCGCCGCGGCAUGAGCGACGCCGCCAUCGCCGCGCUCCCGACCUUCACGUACGAGCUCCCCGCCGUCGUUGUCCCAGGGGCCGUGGACGACGCGAAUGAGGCGGCAGCGGACUGUGCGGUGUGCCUCGGGCAGGUGGAGGGCGGCGAGACGGUGCGGCGGCUGCCCAAGUGCGCGCAUUUGCUCCACGCCGAGUGCGUCGACGCCUGGCUGCGCGCGCACUGCACCUGCCCCAUGUGCCGCGCCCCCGUCGGCCCGCCCCAUGCCGCCGCCUCCAAGAAAGACGGCACCCCACCGGCGGAUGGUAUAGCGACGGCAGAGUCGCUGCCACCUGUCUAG